GAAGACAGCCACGGGGACGCUAGGCCUGGGUGGAAGACAGCCACGGGGACACUGAGGCCUGGGUGGAAGACAGCCACGGGGACACUGAGGCCUGGGUGGAAGACAGCCACGGGGACACUGAGGCCUGGGUGGAAGACAGCCACGGGGACACUGAGGCCUGGGUGGAAGACAGAGCCAGACACGGAUGUUUCCAACCCAAGAGAGGAUGGAGGGAGGGACUUGGGGAGGCUCAGAAGGGAAUGACAGGGAGUGCUGUGUGGAAGCGGCCAUGAUAGCUAAGGCUCUGGGGGAUGCAUAGGAGUUUGGUAGGGGGUGUCGCUGAGUGUACUCUGUCUCAGGAGGCUGCCCAGUUGAUUUUGUUUUUUAAGGAUCUGAUGGCGAUUAGGAGGGAAAAGCAGAGGAAAUGUCCCAACCACAGGCUCAGAAACAUGGAAGCAGAAUGCGUUUGGGGGCCAAGGUGUGGGUGCGCUGGUGUAGGAUGAAGGCAUGACAACGCCGGGCAGAAGGGCAAUGGGGAGCCAUAGAAGGUGUCAGAGCACAGGACAGAUGGGGGCAGGUCUGCAUUUUAGAAGGAAGCAAACUGCGGGUUGGCCGAGGUCUGGGUAGACAGAGCUUCAGGAGCCGCAGCGAGGGGAAGGACGGGGGCGUCAGGCGAACGGAGGUGCCGGGACUCAGUGCCCUGCAGGCCGACAGUUCCGUUUUCUCUUCCACGCGGCCGCUGACAGCCCGGCUUCCUGCCAAGUUAUUUUCAUCUGCUUCCUGUUUGUCCCUGGCAGCCCAGCGGGCACCUCAUGUGCUGCCUUCAGCCCCGGCUCCUCCCAGAAACCGCAGUGCCAGGAUCGUGCCAGGCACUCUGAUCUGCUCCCUGCAGCUGCCCAUUUUAAAGAUGAUGAAACUGAGUCUCUCGUGAGGCCCUGACCCUUGGCUCUGCCCAGCUAGGGCCUCAGGUGGCCGAGUGGCCUCUGUGCCUUCAGGGAGUUACUUGGGGAAGGAGUGGGAGCCCCCGGGGUUAUCUGGUCGCAGAGGCGGGGGCCAGGCUGGUUUCCUGGGGAAACUGUAAUCUCAGUUCCUUUCCGAUCCUGGCGCUUCCUUGGGGGCCUGGCUUGGGCAGGGCUCAGCUCCCAGGCUCCUGCAGGAGGUCCGAGCCGGGCCAGCCAGGCCGGGACAUUCUCUUUUUUUGAUACAGGAUCUUGCUCUGUUGCCCAGGCUGGAGUGCAGUGGUGUGAUCGAGGCUGACUGCGGCCUCCAAUUCCUGGGCUUAAGCCAUCCCCCCAUCUCUGCCUCCUAAGUAGCCGGGACUACAGGUGUGAGCCACUGCACCUGGCUCAUUUUUUUUUUUUUUUUUUGAGAUGGAGUUUCGCUCUUGUCACCCAGGCUGGAGUGCAAUGGCGCGAUCUCGGCUCACCGCAACCUCCGCCUCCCGGGUUCAGGCAAUUCUCCUGCCUCAGCCUCCCGAGUAGCUGGGACUACAGGCACGUGCCACCGUGCCCAGCUAAUUUUUUGUAUUUUUAGUAGAGACGGGGUUUCACCAUGUUGACCAGGAUGGUCUCGAUCUCUUGACCUCGUGAUCCACCCGCCUCGGCCUCCCAAAGUGCUGGGAUUACAGGCUUGAGCCACCGUGCCAGCCUAAUUAUUUUUUUUUUUUUUUUGAGACAGAGUCUCACUCUGUCACCCAGGCUGCAGUGCAAGGGUUAGACCUCCACCUCCUGGGUUCAAGUGAUUCUCCUGCCUCAGCUUUCUGAGUAGCUGGGAUUACAGGCGCACACCACCGUGGUCAACUAAUUAUUUUGGGUUUUUGUAUUUUUAGUAGAGAUGGCAUCUCACCAUAUUGGCCAGUCUGGUCUUGAACUCCUGACCUCAAGUGAUCCGCCCACCUUGGCCUCCCAAAGUGCUAGGAUUACAAGGAUGAGCCAUUGCACCGGCCCAACUGUUGUAUUUUUUGUAGGGCCGGGGUCUCCCCAUGGGCAGGUUGGUCUAGAACUCUCCAGAGCUAACGCUCUUCUCUGGGAGGGACCUGCCUCCCAAAGUGCUGGAGUAAGAGGCCUGAGCCACUGCGCCCGGCUGGGGACGCCUUCUGCACGCCUUGGGGCCGUCCCAGGCCCGACGAGGCCCUGGUCGCUAGGAUGAGGGCUCCAGUCCAGAUGCGUCUAAGCCGCUGAGACCCUGGCGAGACCCUUCCCUCUCUAGGUCUCAGGUGACUUGUCCAUAAAAUGGGGCCACCGUGAUCGCCCCCCCCUGCAGGGUUCCUGAGCCAUCACCAGACAUCCUCUGCCUGCAGUGAUGGUUGUGGGGUCCACCCCGCAGCUUGGGGACCCGCAUGCAUGGCCCACAUGGGCAGGGUGGAUACCCCGGGGGCCGCCCCGACUCUUCCGGGUCCGCCUCCUUCCCGGGCUUCGGGUCUGGGCCUCAGUUUCCCCUCCUGUCCUCAACACUCCUCACUUCGACUCGCGCCGCCCCAGCCGGGGCGGGCUAAGGGGACGGCGGGGAGGGGUUUCCCUCGCGGGGGCGGGGCCUCCAGACCGGCCGGAGCCGGUUUGGCCUCUAGCAGCCACCGGAGACCCCCUCGGUCAGUUGCCGGGCCCCGCGCGCUCGGGGUCUCCGCGCCCCGACGGCUGCGCCAUGUGUAUCUGCGGCACCGCGAACCCGGCACUGGACGAGGGUCCCGUGCGCUGCAGGGCGGGCCCCCGAGACCUCCUUGAGGCUCGACGCCCACUGGCCCACGAGUGCCUGGGUGAGGCCCUGCGUGUCAUGCGUCAGGUCAUCUCCAAGUACCCGCUGCUGAACACCGUGGAGACGCUCACAGCAGCCGGCACCCUCAUUGCCAAGGUCAAAGCCUUCCAUUACGAGUGCAACAAUGAUCUGGAGAAACAGGAGUUUGAGAAGACCCUGGAGACGAUGGCUGUGGCCUUCAGCAGCACAGUGUCCGAGUUCCUCAUGGGUGAAGUGGACAGCAGCACCCUCCUAGCAGUGCCUCCCGGGGACUCAAGCCAGUCCAUGGAAAGCCUGUAUGGACCGGGGAGUGAGGGCACCCCUCCCGGCCUUGAGGACUGCGACGCUGGCUGCCUGCCCGCCGAGGAGGUGGACGUGCUGCUGCAGCGCUGUGAGGGGGGUGUGGACGCGGCCCUGCUCUAUGCUAAGAACAUGGCGAAGUACAUGAAGGACCUCAUUGGCUACCUGGAGAAGCGGACCAUGCUGGAGAUGGAGUUUGCCAAGGGCCUGCAGAAGAUUGUUCACAACUGCAGACAGAGCGUCAUGCAGGAGCCGCACAUGCCGCUCCUGUCCAUCUACUCGCUGGCCCUGGAGCAGGACCUGGAGUUCGGCCACGGCAUGGUGCAGGCAGUGGGCACCUUGCAGACCCAGACCUUCAUGCAGCCCCUGACCCUGCGGCGGCUUGAACAUGAGAAGCGCAGGAAGGAGAUCAAGGAGGCCUGGCACCGCGCCCAGAGGAAGCUGCAAGAGGCGGAGGCCAACCUGCGUAAGGCAAAGCAGAGCUACGUCCAGCGCUGCGAGGACCACGACAAGGCGCGCUUCCUCAUGGCCAAGGCGGAGGAGGAGCAGGCUGGCACUGCGCCUGGGGCGGGCGGCACGGCCACCAAGACCCUGGAUAAGCGGCGGCGGCUGGAGGAGGAGGCCAAGAACAAGGCGGAGGAAGCCAUGGCCACGUACCGCACCUGCGUGGCCGACGCAAAGACGCAGAAGCAGGAGCUGGAGGACACCAAGGUGACCGCGCUGCGGCAGAUCCAGGAGGUCAUCCGGCAGAGCGACCAGACCAUCAAGUCGGCCACCAUCUCCUACUAUCAGAUGAUGCACAUGCAGACGGCGCCGCUGCCCGUGCACUUUCAGAUGCUUUGUGAGAGCAGCAAGCUGUACGACCCGGGCCAGCAGUACGCCUCCCACGUGCGCCAGCUGCAGCGGGACCAGGAGCCCGACGUCCACUAUGACUUUGAGCCCCACGUCUCUGCCAACGCCUGGUCCCCCAUCAUGCGUGCCCGGAAGAGCAGCUUCAACGUGGGUGAUGUGGCGGGGGCCGAGGCUGCUAGCAGCCCGCCAGAUGUAAGUGGCUCCAUUGAGGGCGCGCCUGCCAAGGACCACAGGGCCGGGCGAGGACACCAGGUGCACAAGUCGUGGCCGCUCGCCAUCUCAGACUCGGACGCCGGGCUGGACCCCGACCCUGGCACAGGGGACUUUAAGAAGUUUGAGCGGACAUCAUCCAGUGGCACCAUGUCGUCCACGGAGGAGCUGGUGGACUCAGAGCGGGGACCCGGGGCUUCGGCCUUCGAGCAGGCUGACCUCAAUGACAUGACCCCCGAGCUGCCGGUGGCUGUGCCCAGUGGGCCGUUCCGCCAUGAGGGGCUGUCCAAGGCAGCCCGAACCCACCGGCUCCGGAAGCUCCGCACGCCCGCCAAGUGCCGAGAGUGCAACAGCUACGUCUACUUCCAGGGUGCCGAGUGUGAGGAGUGCUGCCUGGCCUGCCACAAGAAAUGCCUAGAGACGCUGGCCAUCCAGUGCGGGCACAAGAAGCUGCAGGGCCGCCUGCAGCUGUUCGGACAGGAUUUCAGCCAGGCGGCCCGCAGUGCCCCCGACGGCGUGCCCUUCAUCAUCAAGAAGUGCGUCUGCGAGAUCGAACGGCGGGCGCUGCGCACCAAGGGCAUCUACCGUGUCAAUGGGGUAAAGACGCGCGUGGAGAAGCUGUGCCAGGCCUUCGAGAACGGCAAGGAGCUGGUGGAGCUGUCGCAGGCUUCACCCCACGACAUCAGCAACGUCCUCAAGCUCUACCUGCGCCAGCUGCCAGAGCCGCUCAUCUCGUUCCGCUUCUACCACGAGCUCGUGGGGCUGGCCAAGGACAGCCUGAAGGCGGAGGCCGAGGCCAAGGCGGCGACCCGGGGCCGGCAUGAUGGCUCGGAGAGCGACGCAGCGGUGGUGGCCAUGGCGGGUCGGUUGCGGGAGCUCCUGCGGGACCUGCCGCCCGAUAACCGCGCCUCGCUGCAGUACCUGCUGCGGCACCUACGCAGGAUCGUGGAGGUGGAGCAGGACAACAAGAUGACCCCCGGGAACCUGGGCAUCGUGUUUGGGCCCACGCUGCUUCGGCCACGGCCCACCGAGGCCACCGUGUCCCUGUCCUCCCUGGUGGAUUACCCCCACCAGGCCCGCGUCAUCGAGACCCUCAUCGUGCAUUAUGGCCUGGUCUUCGAGGAUGAGUCGGAAGAGACUCCCAGGGGCCAGGACGAGUCAUGCAGUCAGCGGGCUGAGGUGGUCAUCCAGGUGCCGUACGUGGAGGCAGGCGAGGGGAUGGUCUACCCCCUCCCGGAGGCAGCGGAAGACACGGCCGGAGAAUCCCGAGUUGUGUCCAACGACUCCGACUCGGACCUGGAGGAGGCCUCCGAGCUGCUGUCCUCAUCGGAGGCCAGUGCCCUGCGCCGCCUCAGCUUCCUGGAGCAGCACCAGCACGAGGCCAGCCUGGAGGAGGCUUCUGGCAGCCAUAGUGGUAGUGAAGAACAGCUGGAGGCUGUGGCCAGAGAGGAUGAGGAUGGGGACGGGGACGGGGGCUCAGCUCUGCAGCUCUCAGGGUUCAACACCAACCACUCCAACAACGUGCCGCAGGCCCCACUGCCCCCCAUGAGGCUCCGUGGUGGGUGGAUUGCACUUGGCUCCUGCAGAGCGAGGCAGCCAGAGUUCGUCUGAACUGGGGUAGGGCCAGGAGCGCGGGUGGCGGCUUCUCCUGCGUGCUCCUGUCCAUCUCCAGAGCGUCCCAGCCCCGUGGCGUAGCUCAGCAGCCAUCCUGGGGCUGGAGGCCAUGCCUCCAGGAGCAUGAGGCCUUGGGGCUGUGCGGAGUGUGCCCCGCACUCCUUUGCAGGCCUGGCUGGGCCAAGUGGGGGGCAUCACUGCUGUCCGUGAAGCCACCGUGGCCCUGGUGGUGCCCCUGGGGCUGUGUGCAUGACGGACGGAGACCCUGCCCUCCUCACAGGUCUGCAGGAACUGGGCCUCCAGAAGCCAUUCUGGGAUCCUCGGAUGGGGGCAGAGGCUGGGGCUUGGAGGGGUGUCAAGAGUGCAUUACAGCAGGGUCUGGACACAGGCCCUGGACCCCCUUUUCCAGAAAGCCAGUAUGGCCACCUGGGGCUCAGGUACACUGGGGUCUCCGAGCCACCGUGGAAUUCUCUCACAGGCACGUUUAUUUUGCUGGAAUAAAGUUUCUAAUCAGG